CGAGCGCGGGCGGGUUCUAGAAGCGGCGCAGACGCCCAGCCUGAGGCCCUCGGAGCUGGGCAUCUCACCUCACAAUGUCCGAGGAGGACGAUUGUAUAGUUUUAUCUGUUGGAGAUGACGACAGCGACGAUGAUGAUGAUGAUGAUAUUCAAGUUGUGGUAAUACGAGACACUGAUACAGAUCUUAAUGAGGACUUAUUUUCUGAUGAUGAGGUGUUGGUUCUACAAUCGGAUUCUGAAGAUGGCAGCGAUGUCCCUAGGGAGAUGCCUGAAUUGUCGUGUGAAACUGAAGAUUUAGUAGUAUUAAAUAGCCAAGUAGUUUCAUGUCUGGAAAGUUUAAAAAGAGGUAACCCUGACUCAGAGGAAGUGGAGUCUGUGCCAUUGUACAAAAGAGGGCGACCAUCUAUUCCAGAAGACAAUUGCAUGGAGAACAAUGCACCUGAAGACUUAUUUCAUGGAAAUUAUCAUAACCUACUUACUGAACUCCAGCACUAUUGUCAGAAUUUGAAUGAACUUACUGAAAUCGUCAAUCGUCAGAUUAACCACCUUCGUGGAAUAGUUUCAGAAAUGCAGCGUUCUUUGGGGAGACCACAGACGCUACCCCAUGGAGAUGGUAACCCACCUUUACCAGCUGAGGGGCAGGAAAAUGAUGCUGAGACUAAUCCAGGAGGGGUAUCUCUUCAGUCAGCAGCAUCCCCUGAACUGCAGCAGCUAGCACCCAGCGAGAGUCUAUCAUUUCCCAGGAUUGUCUCUACGUACUCAUUACAGCCAAGUCAUGACUCAGACAGCCCAUUUCCUGGGCUUACUCUUUCAUCCAUUUUCAGUGAAGGUGAUGAACAUAUCAACAGUGAUCUCUCAUCUGCCCAGGAUACUCUAGCAGAACCUACAGCAGAUCUUCCACAAGUGGAAUCUAGUCUGCCUGACAACUUUGAGACAGUGAAAUAUUCAACUAUAAAUAACAGGGUGAACCCAGACACUGCCUUGCCAUCUCUCUGCAUCGCUCCCAAUUUUGAGGUAGCAGAAACCAGCCUGGAGAACAACCCCGAAACAAUGAGUUACUCAACUUUAUCAGGAAAUGACAGUGGCCUGAGUUCAUUAUCUGUCAACCUCCCACCCAAUUUUGGUGUGGAAAAAUUCAUCCUUACACAAAUGCCAAUAAAAGAAGAAACUGGUGUGGAAAACAGCUCUCAGACAGUGUAUUAUCCAGCUUUAUUGGGAAAUAUCAUUGGUCCAGGUACUGACUCUGCAUCUCACUCCGUCCCACCUAAUUUUGCAUUUGAAAAAGUUAUACUUAUAGAAAUGCCAGGACAAGCAGAAACCACUGUGGAUAACAGCCAUCAGAUAGUGGGAAAUGAAACUGUAGUGGGAAAUGACAGUAAACCAGAUACUGGCUCUUCACCUCUCUCCAUUCCACCCAGUGUUGAAAUGGUGGUCAAAGCAGAAACCAGCCUGGAAAUUGACACUCCAGUGAUGAAUCAGCCACCUUUCUUGGAAUAUGACAGUGAUGAAGAUGCUUCAUAUAUCUUCAUCCCUUCCGAUGUUGAAUCCGGCACAGAAAUGAGUCCUGAAGCAGAGAAUCAUGCAAGUGUAAUAAAAAAUGACAGUUACCAACAAAUUGAUUCAGAAUCUUUCUUCCUAACUUCUGGAUUUGCACUUCUACCUGUAAAAGUAUUGGCGAAAGAAGAAAACAGCACAGAAAACAGACCUGAAACAAUGAAUCACCCAAUUGUAUUGGGAAAUGACAAUAGCCAAGCUUCUUCCUCAUCACCUGUCCUCAUGCCUUCCAAUUUUGGAUAUCUUGGUGAUCCAAGACGAAAUAUCAGAAUGCUUGAUAUUCAUUUGAUGGCUGUACAAAAGAAGGCCAUACCUAGGCAUGCAGCCUGCUACUUGGUUCAGUUUUUGUUCUCCAAGGAAAUCCUGAUUUCCAGCUCAGUAGGUAUCAGUUCCCAAGGCUGCCAAUCCCUGGAUCCAAACAAAAUGGCUGCGAUAAGAGAACAUCUGGCAGCAGUUUUUCCCAACUAUGAUUUGAGUGAACAUGGAGAGGAGUGGCAAGCCUGUAUUUCCGAUAUCAAUUCCCUGAUCCACAAUUUAUGUUCGAGAACACCUAAAACUGUUCUUAACAAUGGAGGGCCUACCAAACCCAAAAGAGAUUCGAAUGAUAAUGAUAAUGAUAAAAGAGAUGAUGAUGACAAUGCAAGUAGUUCCCAGGUUUCUCAGCAAGCAGCUAUCUCAGAAACAAGAGAACAAGGGAAUUCUCCCCAGAACAGCAGAGCUCUCCCUGAAGGAAUUCAAGAACCUUCCACUGAUGGUGCAGCAGUCUCAGAUGAAACACUUGAAUAUCUUGGAGAUCCACGUAGAAAUAUACAGAUGCCAAAAUCACUUCUGAUUACAGCAAAAGAGAAGUCUCGUCCAGAGCUGUCAGCCAUAUACCUUAUUCGCAGCCUGUUCACAGACGAAGUCCCGAUAAGUAGUGUCCAUGGCAGUCUGGGGCAUGGAGUGUACUCCCUGAAUGCCAAUGAGAUUAAUGCUCUUCGAGAGUUUCUCCAGGACAUCUACCCGACUUGUGAUCUAUCGGAAAAUGGAUACGACUGGAAAUUGUGUGUGAUGGCUAUCAAUAGUUGUAUUCAUAGUCUUAGAUGUGACCCGCAGAGAUCCACAGCUGAAUCACAGUCACCUCCAGCAACGACUCCUUCAACAGAGUCCAAACUGAAAGAUACCGACUUAGCUGACUAAAUGUUAGCCAUCCAACCUUUCCUUGUUUGCUAUUGUAUCAGCCUGUAAGUUUCUCAAGUUAUUGAUUCCAAAAUUAGCCUGUUGGAGUAGCACUGUACAUCAGUAUUCACACUUAAAGAAACAACCUACAUUCUUUUUCUGCCCACAAGGGAGGCAGAAUUGCAUUAGGAAGAUAGGUGAUGUUUCAUCUUAUGAGUAAAGUGAUUGGCAGUAUUCCAAUAAGAACUUCUCAAUAAAAGAAUGGUAGUAAACUCCUAAAGACUGUUAUUAUUGCUGUUUUAUUUUUUUAUUUAUUAUUUUUUUAUUGCUGUUUUAAUGUAGAGUGAAAAUAGUACUUUUAGCUCUUAAUGACAGAUGUAAUCUGAGUGUUAGUGAUGCAGAUAUGAGUAGUGACGUAGAGCCAUACUUGGAUAGGCAAACCAUAAUACCGAGCACGGGAACUUGCAGGUAUUGACACUCAAUAUGUCAAGUGAUUCUGCUGUACAGAGCUUGAGUUAAGCUACACUGUUUCAGAAGGCCAGUAUGGCUUACAUAUAACCAAAAAAUCCUGCAGAUUCUUAAUUUCAGAUUAAUUCAACUAAAUUAGUCUUUGGCUUCACUAUUCACUAUUAUUUUGCAAAUAAUUUUACAAACUACUAGUAGUAGAGUUAAUACAGAAAAGUUAAUUUAUACCCUAGGCAAGGUUAAAUUUCAAAUUGUACUUGCAGAUUUAAAAUUUGAUUUGUAUUUUGUGGUAUCUGAAAUAUUUCCUGUAUUAGAAGCAGAAUUACAAAAACAAAAACUGCAUAUUUACAGAAGUUUUUCAAGAUUUAUACAGUUAGCUUUAUUAUGGUGUUUGUUUAUAUAAGUUACUAGACCAGCCCUGUCUAAUAAAACUUUCCAUUAUGUUGGUAAAAUUCUAUGAUUUUACAUUUCCCAACAUGGUUGUUGAGCAACCAUGGCUUUUGAGCACUUAGAUGGCUACUUAGAUGUAGGAAUUACCUUUUAAAUUGUAUCUCAUUUUAGCUAAUUAAAAUUAAAAUUUAAAUAGUUACAUGUGGAUAGUGGCUACUAUAUUAGAUAGCACAGAUUAGAAUGCACAUUAAAAAAAAGUGUUUAAAAUUAUCCCCACAGUUUGAGUCAUAGUAAUAUACACACUGGAGAAGGAAACAGCAACCCACUCCAGUAUUCUGUUUUUGCUUGGGAAAUCCCAUGGAUAUAGGAGCCGGGUGGGCUCCUUCAUAGGGUCAAAAAGAGCAGCUGAGUAGCUUUCACUUCACCUCCAUAUAUACAUAACUUUAAUAUCAUACCCAUUGAGCAAAAUAAGUUUCAUAAAGGUGUUUCAGAUCUUACUUAAACUAAAUUAGACCUUUUGUAUCCAGAACAACAACAAUGUUCAAAAUUUCACAGGUGUUUUAUUAUUGUAUUAGUCUAAUAUUAAACAUUUAAAAUGCCUGUUCAUAAGACUUGUUUUUGAUAAGUUUAUCUUUAGUGUGUUGUUUUCCAAAUAAAUACAAUAAAUAAACAUCUUGUUUUCUUAACACA